AUGGAGCAUCUGAUCUAUAGUCCGUCGCCCCGAGCCUUGCGGGCCGAGACCCGCCAGAUCUCCACGGACCGAAGGCCGCUUCAAGUCCCAGACUGGACGUUGCAUGAUAGGCUGCACGGAGAGUGCCAGGCCGUCGAGCCGAGGGUUCCUUGGCUAGGCCACGACCAUUGUGGAUCAUCCUAUCUCCAGAGAAGCGACUACCAGCCGUUGGCGAUGCAGACGGUGUUCGAAGACUGCUACGGUGCGGACUGGGAGGUCGAAGCCAUGCUAGACCAGGGCGAUGUCUACGCCGCCCAUCCAUCGCUGAAAGGGCAGACAGUGCCGCAGGCCGUGGCAUCCAUCGCAGCGUUCAUCCAGGCAUGGCUCUAUCUCGGUCUUCUCGAGGCUAUAUGCGCGACUGCCAUCAUGCCAUCGUACUUUGUGCGAGCCAGUGGCAGCGCGGACGGCGAUCGUCAAUGGCUGUACUCGCGCAAUCUGGCGGUCCUGCUGGAGUCCUGGCAUCGAGGCCUCGCCGCGGUGGAGGACGACUUUCGAGAAUCGACACUCACAGCGGCCCGUGAUUGUGCCACUACAGCAAGUACAAUCUUGUAUGAAAUCUAUGGCAGACUGACGGCCGCCGCCCGUACCACGGCGCAUCAAGGAUUCCCACAGCUUGCUGAAAUGGUGGUCGGGUUCGAGCCUGCUGUGUCCGCCCUCCAUGAAGCUAUCGUCGCAUAUGCUGAAAGACAACUUGGUCUAGAAAUCCGAUCGUUCGGAGCAGGCACGGCACAUUUCCCACGGAGACACUCGGAGAGGCUUAUCGCGAAAGGCUGGUGUCGCUUCGUGCUUGCCACUGCUGAAGAAACCAUGCCCCCCUCGCUUUUGCGGUACGUAGACGCCGUGGGGUUUGGCACGACCACAGGAGGUCAUGGAAAGUGUAGCCCUGACCGGUGCGAACGCAACAAUGUGGAUAUGUCCACGUACAGACAAGAACACGAUGCAGUAAACUGCCGGUGCCAGCUCCUGAAGCCGAAGCUCAGGGAGGUAUUUGAGAUUCUCGACGCCGGAAAGAUACCGCUCGUUCAGUUCGUUGAAGAAGACAUCUCUCUUCAACUGCUAGCUGUCGACCCCGAUGAUUCCGCAGCAGAUUACAUUGCCUUCUCCCACGUCUGGGCUGACGGACUGGGCAGUACCAGCGAAGUAGGCCUCCCACAGUGCCAGAUUUCCCGGCUGCACCUUCUUGCGCGCCAACGACUGAAGUACGGAGCUUCGUUUUGGAUUGACGGGCUGUGUGUGCCCAAAAGAGAGCCCUAUCGAGGCAAAGCGAUCGAGAUGAUGAAAUCGACUUACCAGAACGCCACCGGGGUGAUUGUUUUGGAUCAAGGCAUGCGACGUCUGCAUAGCUCUGGCCCGAUCCUGGAAAUGGCCUGGGCGGUGUUCGCCUCGGGCUGGUUUGGCCGACUGUGGACUUACCAGGAGGGCUUCCUCCCUCGCUGGGUAGAUCUGGAGUUGGCCGACGGGCUGUAUGAUUUGUACGGCCUGAUUCAAGCGUUGUAUAAGGCUUACUAUGAAUCCGCCGGGAGCCCUUUCCCGUCCGUCCUCGUACGUGACUUGCUUGCCGUCUUACAGAAAGUUCGGCCACUGGACCGCCAGGCCAAGAGCCGGCCGACCCAAAGAAAGCUUGUCGACACAUUCAAUGCCCUGACGCGGAGAAGGACCAGUCGACCUGAUGAUCAGCUUCUGGUGAUGGGACUGCUGCUGGACGUAGACACCCGAGACCUUAUGAGGCUGACAGGAGAAGAUCGCUGGAGGCGAUUUUAUCUGAGUCUGGGGCAGAUUCCCUGGACCGUGCUAUUCGAUCGCCGACCGAAAAUGAAGUCCCGACCCUUCAGAUGGGCGCCUGCCAGCUGGAUCAGUCCGGGCCAGAUUGUCUGGCUUCACUACGACGAGGCAGUGGGUGUCAUUUCAGAUCUGGGCCUCACGGUGCAGUUGAUGAUCCUGGUCAUGGCUGAGCCAAAGCGUACCGGCAGUACCAGGACGUUUAUCCUGCAGGUUGAUGGGGUCCGGUACGAGCUGAGUCGUCCAGCCACAUGCACUUCACCCACGAUCAGUCGGCUCAACAGUAUUUUCGUGCGCCAUUUCUCCCACGAGACACCCCAUGGUAUUCUCCAAGGCAAUAGCCGACUGCUCAUGGCCGCUGGCAUUGGACUACUCGGCGAAGUGGACGACCAAGUGCUGGAGUAUGACUUUUCUUCGGGGUGGGAGAUUCGAUUGUUGGUCGAGGACGACGAAGAGUCUCCCCCGGACGCCGAAACCGUCGACGCACAGUGGAAGCAGCGCAGUGUAUGCUUCACCUGA